AUACUCCUUUAUUUUUGUUUAAAGAUGCAGUUUCUGUAAUUUUUUUUUUAUUUUUAAGUCACUUCUUGUAUUCUUGGUGGGUUUAGUUACCGUGUUAUUGCAGCAAAAUGUUAUUCAGCUGCUCAACACAUGAACUUCAGGCUUAUAAAUCUACAACCUGAUGUAUUUUAUAUAUUUCAUAAUACAAAUGAAGAGAGGUUACGUUUUCAACCUAGAGGCUAUAAGAAGCAGAGGAUUUGCAUUCAGUUUCUGUAGAUGCCUAAUGGAGCAAUAUGGCUUGUAUAUUUAUACAUCUGUAUUUUGUUAUAAUCUCUGCACAACUAUUUCUCCAAUUCCCAAAACAGUUUGUUUAUGAAGACUGUGGUCACUUGAAGCUAGAAUAUUAUUUUUUCUCUUGGUAUUGUUCGCUGUUUGUUCUGUGUUUUUGUUCAUGUCUGUAUAAAAUGGAGAUGCAUUCCAAACAAGCUGAGUCUAAAGAAGCAGACAUUAAGUCAUAAAAAGGAUUGAUUUCCUAUUUGAUAGACUGAAAUCCUAAAAGUUUUGUGGGAAAAGAAAAAUUUAGUGAGUAUGAAAAUGGAAAGAUUUUGUCAAUUUUACUGAUAAAAUAAAAUACAGAUACAAGAUUGACUUAGAUGUUAAUGAGGUGAAAUAUCUGCUUACAGUGCAAAGAUUCUUGUAUGUGAGGUCUCUUGCGCAGUCAUGUUACAAGUGAGAAAGAAGGGUUGGUUGGCACUAGAUGUUUGCAGAGUUAACAUUUACCAAAUUUUAUCUAACGUUCUGCAUCAUUUGUUUUCAUCAUGUGGAAUGGGAAUGGGUCUUAAUUACAAUUCUAGGUAAAGCCUGGAAACAUCUUUUGAUGAUCGUUUAAUAUUUCUUAGUCUGUUAGUGGUCUGUAUUCCUAUAUAAGUCAAAUAUAUUCCUAUGUAAUUGGUGUUUUUUUUGUGGAAUAGUUACUGGUCAUCUCUUUUGAAUGACUUAUUGCUGAUUCAGUCCCUGUUUUCAGCCAUAGUGUCACCCAAGUACUGAGAUAAGUCAGCUAUUUCCAGGCUUUGCACCACACAAACAAACAGCAAGUACAGUUGAAACAUGAGUACUGUACGUGGUAAGACUUCUCCUUUUCCAGCUUGAAGAUGGCUGCUAACAGGGUGAUAAUGAACUAUUCUUAGCUAUUUGUGUUAUAAUGAAGUAGAAUCCUUUCCAAUGACAACAAAGAACCACAAAUGCUUCCAGUCUUGCUCAUCUUAUUUUUGUCUUCAAGGGAGACUGAAAAAUUCAGAAAACAAUGACAAAAAAGCCCUAUGUCAUGAGGCACUGCAAGUUAGCAUGUGGGAAAGGAUCCAGAGAUAGUGGAAAUUCUGCCCUAAUUUAUCCAGACCUUUUUGCUGUCCCUGUGAUAAGCACAAACUGAAAAAAAAAGUUUCCAAAAAUGGCUUGACACAUGUAGAUAUUCUGUGAACACCAUUCCUGAAGCUGAUAUAAAUGUAAUGGAAGGUGAGAUCACUUCAUUUACAAAGACGCUUUUACAAAUCAUCACCAUUUCCUGGGUAAGUACUGCCCUGAGAGCUUUUGUUGUUACAGUUCAUGAUUUUAAUGCUUCACUUUACUUGGUCUGACAUCUUUUGGGGAUAUGUACACUUUCAUCUUUCCAAACUGUGGACUUGGAUACAGCUUGCUUCAGCCAUUGAAGGAAUUCCAGAGGGGCUCCUAGUGUAAGGUAAUUCAGAUUUUACUGUACGAUUGCAGGGAAAUGUAGAUGUCUCUCAUCACUGGAAAGAUUAGUGGUGUACGGUGUACUUUUUAGUCUAUCUGGAGGCUAGAAAAAACACUAAGCACAAGCUAAACAGCGAGCUAUGAGCAGCAAUGACAAAAACUGUGAUGAAGCACAAGGUGAAUGUGUUCUGUCACAUUUUUUUUCACAGUAUUUUGUAUUGGAAGACUACACACAUUGUAUUUUGCAAAAUGGGUGCUGUCUUGAGAAUUAAUUAUUUCUGUAUUAAUUUUGGUUCUACCUACACUUGCCCGGACUUGUUGGGGAGCAAGGAGGGAUGGGCAAGUGUUGUGGGGCAGGCUUGAAGGCUUGAGGUUUUGAUUGAAUAGAUACUUCAGGUAUCUGUCUUCAGCAUAGGCAAUAAGGAGUUUUAUUUGGUGAGCAUUAAAUAUGCAUACAAAAUGCAGAAUGAGCUAAACAAUUUAAAAGUCUUAAUAGUUUUAUCUGGAUAUUAUGCACAAACCAGUAGAAACCAAGGGGAAGUUUUCUGUUAAUUUUAUUCAAUUUUGGACUAGGAAUUAGAAGAAACUGAAGUUAAAAAUCAAGCAAAUUUAGGAAAGUCUUUGUGUUUUGGAACUUCAUCUAAUGAAAAGAUUUCCAAAUGACUGCUUUGUGGAAGUGAUUAUUAAACCUAUAAAUUGAGCAGCUGCAAAGCAGUAAUAACAGUGAAGGUUUUUGUAUUUCAGUAGUGCUCUUUAUCAUUUACCUUAUGACCAAGUAAUAAUAAGCAAAGUAAUGUUGCUAUUUUUUAAAGCAGGAAAUGAACAGAUUCAGCUGUUGAUUUUAUUAAUAAGUUUCAGUGGCUUCUCUGGUAUCAAAUCGAUACUGAGUAAAGGGUGUAAACUGCACUACUGCUAGCAACCCAAAGUGUAGCUUGUAAGGAUGAGCUGGGGUUUACCCGUGAAUUUUGUUUGCCUGAGUAUGGCUGUACUGACCUUAGUUUUACAUACACGGUUACAUAGAAAAUGCUGUUUUCAUGAAUGAAUGGGAUUAUUAUUUCUCACCAUAGAGGACUAAACAUCUUUGUCAUAUCCAGUCUUUAGAACCAUGGAACAAUGCUGAACUCUCAGAGCUGCUAAGAAUUUCUCUACUUUUAAUAUCUCUACUUUGAAAUUGUAGUAUCUCAUCUGAUCCAAUUCCUGCAUUCAAGAACAAAAUUUCCUUCACUUCAGGCUCACGCUGAUGCAAUCAGAGUCUGGAUACUGUUCUGUAAAGCUGAAUAAAGCUGGUAAAUGGUUAGUUUGCAUUCUAAAAGCCUUUUCCUUAGGGUUUUGGAAGAAAGCAGGUUCAUGGCACCAGGAAUGAAUGUUCAGAAAUACCAGCUACUGGAACUGAUGUUCCUAAAUCAAAUCUGUUAGCAAAUUUAUGUAAUAAAAAUACUUUAUUUAUUUUUAUUUUUAUUGUAAGAGCAGGAAUCUUCUACUCAUAGGAAGAUCAACAACAAUUAAAGUGAUUAUUGUUAUUUUAAAAUAAUGUCAUAUUUUUUGAAUUAUGCUUCUAUUUCAUCUAAUGGUGUUUUGACCAAUUAUAUGUCACGGCCUUGCUCCAUAAAACCCAUGGGAAAGGAUUGAACACCAGGAACUUCCUGCAGCUCAAACUUCCUUUGAUGCAGAAGGGGCGCAGCAUACUGUCACUGCAUAGUCAUUAUUGUGACAAAAGCUUGAUUUUGAAUGUCCAGGGACUUCAGUAUUAUUGCAGGGAUCCUCUGAAGAGCAUGAGACUAUUUUAAACCCCACAAAUGGGGCAGCACGACUUGGUUCCAGGGAAAAACCUGAAUUUUACUGGUUCCCCUGCCACUGCUAAUGGCCUGCCCCUGUGCGUGGCAUUUGCUUAGGUGGAACUGACAUGCCAUCAGAAGUCACAUACUUGUUUACAUUGUUAGGGAGAGGACUUUGCUGGGUAAGUUUUGUUUUUCUGUUCAUUCCUUUCUCAUUCCUAACGUACCUCUUCCUUACUGAGUGAAGUAGCUGGAGAAGGAAAAAUAAAGUACUUCUCUCUUCUUGACUGCCUAAAGAGGCAAUCCUACAGCCCUAAAAAUAAACAAGGAAUCUGAAACAGAAGUCUUGGUGAAAUUCAGGCCCUCCCUCAGUGGGAGUUUUGCCAUGGAUUUCAAUGAGUUCAGGACUUCACCUGAUAUGUUGGCCAACCCUAAAGUUUCAUUGGUUUGGGUCAGUUGUGCCAGCCACGUCUUGUUCUAUUUCCCAGAAUAGCCGCUUUGAUAAGGUAUUUACCAUUUACAAAUAUGGAAUGGAUCCUUUAGUGAGCACUUAACAUUACAGAGUAGCUGUCAUUUAAAAACACGGCAAACACUUUCAUGAAACUUUUUGUCGGGGUUAUUUUUAGUUGCUUGUUUCAGAUUGGUGAUGACCCUCUAAGAAAAAGGCAAAUUCAAAAAUGCCACUUGGGCACAAAUGUAGCAUUGAAGGAAUGAAUGUUCAGGAACUUGUUUACUGUUUAAGUACUGACAUUGUAACUGGUAGGCACAUGUGAUUAAUUUGCUUUUAACAAAUGGAAUUUCUAGAAGGUAAUUUGGCCCCAGAAGAUGGAGUUACACCUGCUGAAGUCCAUGUAAGAGCUGAAUGUGCAUCCUUUCACUGAACUUACCCCAUUAUCACCAAGUCAAAGAAUAGAAUAUCACGGGACUCUGAGGGUACAUCAGAGGAGAUUUCUCUUUUGGAAAUCAAGACUGAAUGUCAUCAUUCAUUUGGUUCAGUAAAUCUAUUCAAGUUGAAACUUAUGUGGAUACUUAACAUGCUUUCUAAGAUUGAGGCUGUAGCAUUGACUUUACUGCUAAGGUUCAUUCUUUUUUCCUUUUUUUUUUUUUUUUUUUUUUUAACAGCAAUUUGCUGUCUAAAAGUUGGAGAGUUGCUUCUGUCCUAUUCCAUUCCAUCUUCUUCUUCCCCCCACCUCUCUCAAAUUACUGUUUUGCAGCCACAGCUGUGAGGCACCAUGUGUGAUGAUGAUGAAACCACUGCCCUUGUCUGUGACAAUGGUUCUGGGCUUUGCAAAGCUGGGUUUGCAGGAGACGAUGCCCCAAGAGCUGUAUUUCCAUCCAUCGUUGGACGUCCUCGGCAUCAGGGCGUUAUGGUUGGAAUGGGUCAAAAGGACAGCUAUGUAGGGGAUGAAGCACAAAGUAAAAGAGGGAUCCUGACACUGAAGUAUCCCAUUGAGCAUGGAAUCAUCACUAACUGGGAUGACAUGGAAAAGAUUUGGCAUCAUUCUUUCUAUAAUGAGCUCCGCGUUGCACCAGAAGAACACCCUGUGCUGCUCACUGAAGCCCCCUUGAAUCCGAAGGCAAACCGUGAAAAAAUGACUCAGAUUAUGUUUGAGACUUUCAAUGUGCCAGCCAUGUACGUAGCAAUUCAGGCAGUGCUGUCUCUGUAUGCAUCUGGACGAACUACUGGGAUAGUUUUGGAUUCUGGGGAUGGUGUCACACACAAUGUGCCUAUCUAUGAGGGCUAUGCCUUGCCUCAUGCCAUUAUGAGACUGGAUCUUGCAGGCAGAGACCUGACUGACUAUCUCAUGAAGAUCCUUACAGAGAGAGGCUACUCUUUUGUCACCACUGCGGAACGGGAGAUUGUGAGAGAUGUAAAGGAGAAGCUUUGUUAUGUGGCUCUGGAUUUUGAAAAUGAAAUGGCAACUGCUGCUUCCUCCUCCUCUCUUGAAAAGAGCUAUGAACUUCCUGAUGGGCAAGUUAUCACCAUUGGAAAUGAACGAUUUCGAUGCCCAGAAACUCUCUUCCAGCCAUCCUUCAUAGGCAUGGAGUCUGCAGGUAUCCAUGAAACUACAUACAACAGUAUUAUGAAAUGUGAUAUUGACAUCCGUAAGGAUCUGUAUGCCAACAAUGUACUCUCUGGAGGAACCACAAUGUAUCCUGGUAUUGGUGAUCGUAUGCAGAAAGAGAUCACAGCUUUGGCUCCUAGUACCAUGAAGAUUAAGAUGAUUGCACCACCAGAACGUAAAUACUCUGUCUGGAUUGGGGGUUCAAUAUUGGCAUCGCUGUCCACUUUUCAGCAAAUGUGGAUCAGUAAAGAUGAAUAUGAGGAAGCUGGCCCCUCAAUUGUCCAUCGCAAGUGCUUUUGAAUACUUCCAUCCUGUCACUGAUAAGUAGUGCUGUUUCUCACAUUACCUGCUUUCAUUUACUCUGAGAGAAUUACAUGGUUUGGCUUUCUUCUACCUGUAAUAAAGCACAUUAUAGGGGUGUCAUAUGAAUUAGUAUUCUAAUUUUUUAAUGCUAAAAUGAGGUUAAUGUUUCAGUGAUAGGUGUUCUUCAAGAUAAAUAACAAUUAUAGUCACAGUUUUGUAGGCUUCCUCCCCUUCCUAAUUUGUAAGCACUGAACUGCCAUCCAUUCAGGAGGCAUCACGUUACAUCUUUAUGUUAAUCGCUGCUAAUUGGUGGUGAGUCUGAAGUACCCACAUAGAAAGCAAUCCUUUCAAACUCAGACAAACUGCAAGGUUCAGGUACCACAUAUGGCUUAUUUUAUGCAGCUAAGUAGUAGAUAGGACUUUUCUAAGGUGGGGGGCUAUUUUACUGAAGAUUGAGUGGAUUUAUGUGGGUGCUAGUGUGCACAUUCUCUUUCAGUGGGUCUCGUGGGUCUUUCCUUUGUAUGCUGAAAUUGUUUGGCAGGAGUCUUUUGUCUCCCUGUGACCACCACUCCCCAACAGUAAUGGGUUUCAACAAGCUACAGUGACUUUUGCACUUACAUAUGACAGAUUAAUUUACUUUGCAUGUUAUUUUCUUCAUCUCUUCCUAAGCAGUGAAAUGAUAUUUCUUUUUACUUUUGCUGUGCUAUGCUAAGCUAAUGAUUACUGAGUAAAUAAUAACCUUUUAAAUAUGUUAUUAAAAACUUCUGGGAUUAAUAAUCAAUAAAAGUGUAAUUACCCAUGUAAGACUGAUGUGGCUUACAUUACU